GGGCUCCAGUGGUCCCCCAGGCAGGCCUCAGCAGGUGGAGGGAUGGACUACGGUGCUAGACCCUGAUGGCCCUGAUGGCCAGGGGCCCUGAGGGGAUGAGAGACCCUAGGAGGUAUAGCCCCCACUCCUGGGAUGACGUAUGUGUACCCAGAGGCUGGCAGGGCAUGGUGAAGGGGGCCACGUAAUAGUUUGUCCUAGUACCUGAAGGACUCUUGUCCAAGAAGCAUGAAUUCCUAGCAUUCCCCAAGUUGAGACAGGAUGGGGAGAUGGGGGCUGGGGACAGGGCACAAGCCCCACCUAGGGUGGUGGCCACUGCAGUGAGAGGGGCAGACAGAACCAGAAGUCUGGGAAGGAAGCAGGAUGGCAGCAGGGGUAGCAGUCGGAGUCUGGGUACUGGUUCUCAGUCUGUGGGGGGCAGUAGCAGGUGGUCAGAACAUCACAGCCCGGAUUGGGGAGUCACUGGUGCUGAACUGUAAGGGUGCCCCCAAGAAACCACCGCAGCAGCUGGAAUGGAAACUGAACACAGGCCGGACAGAAGCUUGGAAGGUCCUGUCUCCCCAAGGAGACUCCUGGGAUAGCGUGGCUCGUGUCCUCCCCAAUGGCUCCCUCCUGCUACCAGCUGUCGGAAUCCAGGAUGAGGGGACUUUCCGGUGCCGAGCAACAAGCCGGAGUGGAAAGGAGACCAAGUCCAACUACAGAGUCCGAGUCUACCAGAUUCCUGGGAAGCCAGAAAUUAUAGCUCCUGCUUCUGAACUCAUGGCUGGUGUCCCCAAUAAGGUGGGGACAUGUGUAUCUGACGGGGGCUACCCUGCAGGGACUCUCAGCUGGCAUUUGGAUGGGAAACCUCUGAUACCUGAUGGGAAAGGAGUGUCUGUGAAGGAAGAGACCAGGAGACACCCCGAGACAGGGCUUUUCACAGUCCAGUCAGAACUGACGGUGACCCUGGCCCGGGGAGGAGCUCCCCACCCCACCUUCUCCUGUAGCUUCAACCCUGGCCUUCCCCGGCGCCGAGCCCAGCACACGGCCCCCAUCCAGCCCAGUGUCUGGGAGCCUGUGCCCCUGGAGGAGAUCCAAUUGGUGGUGGAGCCAGAAGGUGGAGCAGUAGCUCCUGGUGAGACCGUGACCCUGACCUGUGCAGCCCCUGCCCAGCCCCCGCCUCAGAUCCACUGGAUCAAGGAUGGUAUGCCCCUGCCCCUUCCCUCAAGCCCUGUGCUGCUCCUCCCUGAGGUAGGACCUCAGGACCAGGGAACCUACAGCUGUGUGGCCACCCGUCCCAGGCACGGGCCCCAGGAAAGCCCUGCUGUCAGGAUCAGUAUCAUUGAAACAGGAGAGGAGGGCACGACCGCAGGCUCUGUCGGGGAGUCAGGACUAGGAACUCUAGCCCUGGCCCUGGGGAUCCUGGGAGGCAUGGGGAUGGUUGCCCUGCUCAUUGGGGUCAUCAUGUGGCGAAGGAGGCAACACCAAGGACAGGAGACGAAGGCCCCAGAAAACCAGGAAGAAGAGGAGGAGCGCUCAGAGCUGAAUCAGUCACAGGAGCUGGAGGAACCCCCACAAGCAGUGAUGAGUAAACGCCUGACACAUCUUGCCCCGUGUGCUUGUGUGUGUAUACAUGGCGCCCUCACCCCUGCACAUCUGAAGCCCUGGAGGGCAGGGGCUCUCCCCCAUGCUUCCCACACCACAUCAAAUGUCUACUCAAGUUGGGGAGACGAUGCUCCUGUCCUGGAAGGAGAAGAGAAAGAAGAAGUUGGGAAGACUUCCCAGCAAUACAUUUCAACCUUUUUUUUAUUGAAUUUGUAAUAAAGGAGUUUGUGAGUGGGAGGAA